CUAUUUCGCCACGUCAUAUAGCAAUGUGGGGCCCUACCAAAUCUGCAGACAAAAACCCUUCAAAUGGCUGGCUGGCAGUGUAUUUGUGUUUUGUGUCUGCAUAUACACUCACUGCACUGCACUGCACUGCUCUUUCUUUCUUUCUUUCUUUCUUUCUACGUGCCCACCAAAUGCCAAAGAAAAACAACACUUCGUCUAAGAAAAUGUUUGGAUCGAAUCGGAGUACUCUUAAUCAAAGGAAAAAAAAUGAUGAUCUUCAAGAACAGGUGGAUCGUGAGAUCUGCGGAGAUAGUUCUGAAAAUGGUGGUGGUGAACUCAGAAAUAUGAAGAAUGUUGUGGAAGGAUUAACAGGCCAAGAUGAAGGGAAGGAGAAUAGAGAAGAAUUAGGGUUAGAGCCUAAAAUAAUUUCGAAGGCUGAUCAAAUUCAUGUUGACGAUUCAAUGUCAUCCUCAAGUGUUCCCUUUAAAAUAAACCGAGCAAGCGACCUUUUAAUGGCAGUCUCACUUGGCGCUGAGGAAAACAAGAUUAAAAUCAAUGAGCUUGCUAAUUCAGCAAUGGAAGAGCUAUUAAGAAAGGCCUUUGAAGGAAAACCACUAUGGCGGCGCCAAAUCGAUAGUGGAAUUGAGUUCCUUAACGAAGCCGAAUAUAUAAGGGAAUUUCGCGCAUUUGAUGCUACUCUUAGAGAAAUAAUGAGGAUGAUUGAAGUGGAAGAUCCUCAAUGUUUGUCAAACUUAGAUAUAAUUACUACUGGAAGUCGACAUAAACAUUUACGAGGAUUUGAACAGUAUGUUCUUCAAACUGAGGCUUCAAGAGAAAUGGGGUUCAUUCAUGCGAACGCUACUAGCAUUGUGGAAUGCCUUAUGGAUUUGAAGCAAUGGUCAUCAGCAUUCUCUAAGGUUGUCUCAAGAGCAACCCUACUUGGAUUUUUGUCCGUGGGAUCAAUGGUCGGGAACUAUGAUGAAACUUUGCAAGUGAUAAGGGCAGAAUUUCAUGUGCCUACCCCACUUGUUCCUAUUCGAGAGUGUCAAUUUGCAAGAUAUUGCAAACGGCUAAAUUCUAACACAUGGGGAGUCGUUGAUGUAUCCUUGGAAAAUUUAUUCCCUUAUCCGAUUGUGAGAUUUCAAAGAAGGCCAUCCGGCUGCUUGAUCCAAGAAUUGCCAAAUGGAUAUUCUAAGGUUACAUGGGUUGAACAUGUGGAAGUGGAUAAUAUAGUAGGCUCUACGAUUUUUCAGCCGUUAGUCUUAUCUGGUUUUGCAUUUGGUGCAAAGCGUUGGAUUGCCAGUCUAAUCCAGCAUUUUGAAAGGAUUGCAACUUUGAUGUCUGUAGAACCUAUAUUUAUGGAUGGAGGAUCAAUAUGCCAAAAUGGGAAAAGAAAUUUGAUAAUGCUAGCUGAAAGAAUGAUGACAAAAUUUGUUCUAGAUUUAAGUGGUUCUACUAAUAACCUUUGGAUGCCAUUUCCUGUGACCGGAGCAGAAGAUUUUAGGAUGAUGACCAAAAGUAUUGGUGAUAAUUCAGGUUGGUCUAUUACAACAAUAGCCUUCACAUAUUCCCUUUGGCUUCCAGCUCCACCUAGUAGGGUAUUCGAUUUUCUUCGUCAUGAGGAUUGUAGAAACAAGUGGGAUUUGCUUUCCCAUGAGCUUGAAGUUCAAGAGCUUACUCAUAUCAUCAAGGGAGAGAAUCAAGAAAACCGUAUUUCCGUCUUGAGAACAAUGUCCGGAUAUUCAGACUGCAAAGAAAUCUUGUACCUGCAAGAAAGCUACACCGACCCAUUUGCAUCCUACGUUGUCUACGCUCCAUUUGACUUCGAUUCCAUGGCUACGAUAUUAAAAGGUGGAAAUUCUGAUGAUAUGAACAUAUUACCUUCAGGAUUUGUGAUACAUCCUGAUAAGCAAGCAUCGAACUAUGGGGGCCAUGAAGGUGACGGGUGUGUUCUCACCCUUGCGUUCCAUAUUAUUGAUGGCUCGUCAAUAAAAGAUAUCAUUUCUCCUCAAUCUGUUGAUACUAUUUACAACAUCCUGGUAAGAACUGCUUGCUUGAUUAAGGCUGCUGUUCUGUAUGAUGAUCCAUAGAGACAGUACUUUGGCGAGAAGGAAAUCAAGUUCAAAGCUGCUAUAUAUACCUCCAGAGAAAAGGAAGAUGAGGGGACACAGUGUAACACAUAAGAAGAGGCUACACGUAUAUGGAAAAUGCUUAAAAACUCCAUUAAAACAUUCUCUGUUGUUUGUAUCUUUGUACUAGUGUUAUGAUUAAUGCUGUUGGCGUUGUUGUUGUAUUUUUACAGGGGUCGAACUAUAAAUUUUAAUAGUUAAUUUGCUUUCAUACAUUGGAACCUUA